AUGACAUCUCGACACCAUCUUACACUAAAAGAAAAAAUUGAAUUAAUUAAUGAUAGUCAUGAUAGUAAUGGUUCAUCACAAAAUGAUAAUAUACCUGCAUUUAAUGAAUGGUUUGAUAGCUGUAAAAAUAUUUUAGUAUCUAUUAUGAAUGAACAAGAUGAUGAUGAUAAUAAUUCUACAUCUACAGAAAUACCACCAAAAAUAACCGAAGCAAUGAAAAUGAUGCAAAAACUUCGUUUAUUAGCAACAACACAACACUCACAAAUACAUAAAUUAAUUAGUGAAUUAGAAUCAUAA